ACGUUCCGAACCGCGGCUGAGGCGGCGGCGGCGGCAAAGGAUGCACCCGGCAGGCUUGGCGGCGGCAGCGGCGGCGGGGACGCCCCGGCUGCCCUCAAAGCGGAGGAUCCCUGUGUCCCAGCCGGGCAUGGCCGACCCCCACCAGCUUUUCGAUGACACAAGUUCAACCCAGAGCCGGGGCUAUGGGGCCCAGCAGGCACCUGGCAGCCUAGGCUAUCCUGCAGCCUCUGCCACGCCCCAGGCAGCCUUCCUGGCUGACCCGGUGUCCAACAUGGCCAUGGCCUAUGGGAGCAGCCUGGCCGCGCAGGGCAAGGAGCUGGUGGAUAAGAACAUUGACCGCUUCAUCCCCGUCACCAAGCUCAAGUAUUACUUUGCUGUGGACACCAUGUAUGUGGGCAGAAAGCUGGGCCUGUUGUUCUUCCCCUACCUGCACCAGGACUGGGAGGUGCAGUACCAACAGGACACCCCGGUGGCCCCCCGCUUUGACGUCAAUGCCCCGGACCUCUACAUUCCAGCAAUGGCUUUCAUCACCUACGUUUUGGUGGCUGGUCUUGCGCUGGGGACCCAGGAUAGGUUCUCCCCAGACCUCCUAGGGCUGCAGGCGAGCUCAGCCCUGGCCUGGCUGACCCUGGAAGUGGUGGCCAUCCUGCUCAGCCUCUAUCUGGUCACUGUCAACACUGACCUCACCACCAUCGACCUGGUGGCCUUCUUGGGCUACAAGAUGAUUGGCGGGGUCCUCAUGGGCCUGCUCUUCGGGAAGAUUGGCUACUACCUGGUGCUGGGCUGGUGCUGUGUGGCCAUCUUUGUGUUCAUGAUCCGGACCCUGCGGCUGAAGAUCUUGGCAGAGGCAGCGGCUGAGGGGGUCCCGGUGCGUGGGGCACGGAACCAGCUGCGCAUGUACCUGACCAUGGCAGUGGCAGCGGCACAACCUCUGCUCAUGUACUGGCUCACCUUCCACCUGGUGCGGUGAGCGGAGCCUCCCGCCGCCGCCGCCGCUGCUGCUGCUGCUGCUGGGAGCCACUGGACUCAUCUCCUGCCUGCAGGCCCCAGGGAUCCACCCUGUCUGGCCACAGGCGACGCCUCCAUCCCAUGUCCCGCCCCGCCCCGCCCCCAACCCAAGGUGCUGCGAGAUCUCCAGCUGCACAGGCCAUCGUCCCAGGGCGUGGCCGCUGUUACAGAAACAAUAAACCCUGAUGGGCAUGGAAAAAAAAAAAAAAAAAAAA